AUGGCAAGAGGGAUAAAAGCAUUAUUAUCCAAUUGCAUUCUGGUAGUGAAUGUGACGUGGAGAGGGAAGACAUAUGUUGGGACAUUGAUGGACGCAACUAAACACCACUGGGCGUCACCGAGAUACACAGAAGAAUCAUCAUUCCUUGAACUUGAUUGGCGCUCUCCUAAAGUUCGCGGUGGUCGCAACACCAACCACAGUAGCAGCAGCAACAACGACAACAUCGAAUCACUUCUCACGGAAGGCAGAAGGUUGAGAAAAUGUCGUCGCAACAACAACGGCAGCAGCAGCAACAACAACUGCAACAGCAAUUUGAGAUCUCAGUCGACGAGACAGAGUCCAGUUUUUCCGGAGGGUCUGGUCACUACGAGCAACAGAAGAAAAGCGCGAACGAAUGCUGAAAAUACAUCCCAGCAACAAGCUCAACAAAAUUCUGUAGACAGAGUGGACUCAGAUAGUCCGACUCUUGGUAAAAGGUCGCGAGACAACUGUGAGUCUUCUGAGCAACAAAUGCUGGAGUGCCACGAAGGUGUCUGCAACAAAAAAUUUAAACACGCGACUGGUUUGCGCUACCACCAAGCCCACGUCCACAAGAAGCUACCGCCUGUGAUCGUUAAUGGUAAUGUUGUUGAGGAACUCAAAGAAAAUACCCAGCCUACCACACAAGAUUCUAAAAAUAACCAGUUCAAAAAACCCCAGCUCGUCAAAAAUAACUCCAUGGAUAUAGAUGAAUCGAAAUCGAGAAACGAUUCACCUAACGUUGAGAUGGUUUGCAUAAAUGCAUCCAACAGCUCAACAAAACUUACCAUCACCACUACAAAAAUAUUGGCCAAUGCAGCAACCACAGAAGCGACUAAUAAUACCACUACAACCUCGUCACCUGUUGAUAGUCUAAAUCUAUUUAAACCCAAUAGCUCCGUUAGUAAUUCUUCAGCCACGGAUACAACUAAUGCCUCAUCUACUCCUUUCAAUAUUUCCAGUGGCAUCACCACCACUAGUACUACAACAACUACUACAAAUACUACUACCAUGUCUGCUACUACCACGCAAAACGAAACUACAGCUCUGACUACUUGCAGUAACAACGGUCAGCAUCAGUCAACCACAGUGGACGUAAAAGUUGACAAUUUGGCCAUCAACUUCACAAGCGGCCCACUGAGCAACAGUCAUUCGACCGCCAGCAGAAAUCAAAUUAAGUCAGAGAGUCAAAUAAAAAGUGAAUACGAGCCGGUCACUCCACCUUCCAAGCACCAAAAGCUGCACAACGAUACAAGCAGACCACCAUCCAGGGUCCUUCAUCUCAUCUCCACACCCAACUCUCCAAUUGUUAUUCCUGGAGAUAACGUUAACAACAGCCACCACUCAACAGUCAAGAACGAACGUAGCACCCCAUCGACGCCUAACAUCGUCCAUCAACCACAAAAACCAUUUCCAAUCAACGCAUCGCAGCCUAAUAAACACAACAGCAGCAGCAACAAAAUGACUUCCUCUCCCCUUCCAGCCACACCAAUGCUCCCACCCAUGCCUCAGUUACCACCUGGCUACCCUCCAUUUUUUGGUUAUGGUGGAAUCGACCCAAUUUACCACAUGCAGCUGCUUGGAGCCAGUCCGGAAUACAGGAUGCAGUUUGAGCACUGGAUGGCCGAGCAACAGCAACAACACCAGCUUCUGCAACGACAACAGAUGCUCUUCAACCAGUACCACAACAACAGUCAUGCCGGACUGCCUCAGCGACAGUCGACUAUGUCGCCCAAACCAGUUGACAUGAGUGUUAAGUCGUCACCCUCGUCAUCGUCGUUGUUUAGUGACGAAAGGUCGCACAAGUCUAACAGCGUCAACAAGCCAUCGAAACAUCAACAAAACAACAGCAACAAACGCAACAACUACCACGAUUCAUCAUCUUCCUCGUUAUCAUCAGCGAUGAUUGGGAUAGGCGAAGGGGUGCCUGACGAGAAAAGAAAGGACGCGCCAUCAUUUAAGCAGGAACGCCCCACUUCCCGCUACCACAACGCUUCUCCCGCCAGUCAAAAACCUCAGUCGUCGUCGUCGUUAUCUUCGUCAUCAUCUUCUCAGGUUCCAUCCAGCAGUUACAUGAGUAACUUCAAGGAUGCAGACAUGCCGGCAUUUCCAGGAAAUCCAUUUCUAGCUUCUAAUCUAAUGAAAGCAUCUACGUCGUCUUUGUCGUUACCCUCGUCGUCGUUGACGUCAUCAUCCUCGUCGACGUCGUCAUCUGGAUAUGCUUUUCCGCCGUCGUUUUUCCACCCAUCCCAAUUCAUGGAUCCCACGAAGUACUCCAGUUUGAAUUUGUCCCAACCGUGGGUUGAUGGGCAUUCGAAUAAAAACCGCAGUAUCAGUAGUAACAACAACAACAACAGUAGUGGUAAUAGUGAUAAUUUAACAAACAACAACAACAGCGCCAAAAUCGUAAAUAAUGAUAACUCUAAUAAGAACAACAACAACAACAUCGGUAGCAACAACAAUAAUAGCGAUCCUAUUAAUAAAUCAACGACACCGCCAUCAUCGUCGUCGUCGUCAUCGCCGCUGACUCUUCGCCAUCUUCACACUCAUCAUCACACGCAUGUCCUGGGCCCCGCUUAUCCGCUCUACGCAUCUUACAAUGGUGAGAGAGACUAAUUAUGCCGCACGAACUUUUGUCGUAAUUGUCGUUGUAGUAGUUGUCGUAGUGGUAAUUGUAGCUGUGGUCGUGGUAGUUGUAGUUGUUACUGUUUUUAGUACUAGCAGUAGUUGUUGUGGCGGUAGAAAUUGUGUAUGAAAUUGCGUAUAGUAAUUGAUUUAGCUGUAGUUGUAGUAGUAGUAGCUUCGGUAGUAAUAGUAGUUGCUUUUGUUGCAGCAGCAGCAGCAACUGUAGUAGUAGUUGCAGAAGUAGUUGUAGUAGUUAUUAGUAGCAACUGUAGUAAUUGUUUGUAAUAGCAACAUAGCUUUUGUGCUAUUAUAGUUGAAUGACCGUAAUUGUAAUGUAAUACUUACACCAUUAUUAUAUCAUUAAAUUUUAUUUAUCAAUAAAUGACUGCCGUAUUAUCAUCAUGAUAUCUUUAUAUGUUUUGUGUCUGAUAUGAUUAGUUGACGAUUGCCUUAUAUAUAUUAUUGUUAUUAUAUUAUUGUAACAUCAUGUAGCAAUGUUAAUGAUUAAUAAAUUCUUCUUAAUGUA